AUGACCUCGUCUGCGGCUGCCAGUCGACGGGAGACCGAGCUGGUGUCGGUGGGUGAGUUCCGCGACUCGCUCAUGGUAGUCCUCCACCCCUCUGACGGCGAGCUGAACACUCUCCCACCCAACGACCUUGACCUGGAGACAGACGAUCUGAUUGUGCCGUCACUUGAUGAUACCGUUGCUGAUGUUGUCCGUGCAAAGCUGGCGGACUAUGGCCUCUCGUUAGAGCCCAGCGAGGGUGAGAGCCGGAAGCGGGCGGCCGAGAGUGCACCGAGCGAUGAUCCGGUCCAUGAGCAUGCGGCGCGCAAGCCAAAGAUGCUCAAGUCCGGCCGGCGGCUGCAGAGCGCGCGGUCGUACUCCAAGGCUGGCAUGUCGGCGCUGGAUCGGUCUUCGCUGCUGGGAGGCUUGCUCCGCGGAGCGCGAUACACGUCGACCAAGGUCCGGUCGCCGGCGUCGCAGCCGGCGACAGGGCUGCCGCCAUCGUGGCUUGCGUCGCAGAUCCUCAACGACUCGGGCGUGCCAACCAUGGACGAGCUGCGGGAGAAGCCUGGCCUUGCCGGCCUAGCUGCGGUGGAGACCAUCACCGCUCCGCGAGUUCCGCCCAACGACGUCACUGAGCAGAUGCGCCGCGAAUGGGAGGAGCGGGGAGCGCUCGAGUUCCCGCAUUUGGUGGAGAAGGAGCUUGACUUUGGCGAGGUCCUCCUCCUUGUCCAGGUCAACCACCAGGAGCGCAACGCGAUGAGCCAGAUGUUCUGGGUCCCGGCCUCUUUCACGCUUGACGUUCUCCUCCGACGGAUGAGCUGCAUCUCCAACGAGAUCCUCGACGGCAAGCAGACGCUCUCGGCCUUUCUCUUUAUCGAGUCUGUCUUUUACGAGAUGGACCGCGUUCCACCGCCGCUGCAGGCCUCGGCGCUGCCGCUCACCUCGUACGCCGAAGGCAUCAUCGAGUGGAUGCGUGAGGAGAAGCGUUUUGUGUCGGAUGUCUUUGGCGUCGCCCGCCGCGCCUCGGCCUCGACCACCACCUUUGCCGACCUCCGCAUCCGCCUCGGCAAGUCGUACCUUUGGCAGCACCAGGGCAGCUGCUGCCACGAGAUCCGGUUUGUCGACAUGCGCCGGGUCGUCGCCGAUGACCCGCGCUCCUCGCUCUGCUACCCAUAUCUCGUCUUUACUGGCCGCUCGCGCCGCCCGCGCUGCCACAUCUGUAAGCGCGAGCUCGCCGACUUUGUUGUCUACGGCGAUAAGCUGGCCCCGGUCUCCCCGUGCCACAUGUGCUCCGAGUGCUACCAGCUCCUGCACUACGGCCCCGACGGCCACAUGCUUUACUCGGACUUUCAGGUCUUUCCGGUCUGGCAGGACUGA